AUGUUUGGAAGGAUAAAACCAUGGAAUGAUGUGAUGCGCGCAGCUCAGGUUAAAUAUCCCAAUCCUUUCAAUCCGAAUGUUCUUUCGAUUGACGUUGUUUCACGAAAAGUUGAUAGUGAGACCGGUGUCCUCUACACUACUAAACUUAUCAAUUCUUCCUGGCCCAUGUUUUCAAAUGCAGGGGAGCUUCGUGGUAUUGAACGAACUGAGAUAGACCCAUUAAAUCGAAGAAUGUUAUUGGAGUCUAACAAUAUUGACAUGAGAAGUGUCCUCAAAGCUCAUGAAAAAUUGGAAUACGAGGUUCAUCCUGAUAAUCCUGAAUGGACCCUCAUUCGUCAUCAGAUUUCAAUCGAUGCCUUCAGUUUUAUUGCAUAUGCUGCACUUACAGCUAGUCAAAAGGCUGCGAGUUCAGGCCGUGAAGCUCUAAAUUGGGUUAUUGAAAAUCGUGUAGAUAAUUUUAUGAGCCGAGUACCUAAUCGAAUUGUGGAAGUCCCCUCUUCUACUGCACCGGUAUCUUUGCCUCUAGCUUCGGGCUCAAAUUCAGAAUUGCAUCCCUCAUAUCCAAUUACCCUCUUGUCUCGUUUGCGCUCAUUUAGCCUUCUCUCUCUUCAUCCUCUUGUUACAAUCGCAAAGGCCAAUGUUCUCCCUUUUAGACCUUCUUGGUUUACUCAACGGACGAAUUCCGUCAACAAUCUGCCAGCAUUUUUUGAUCGUGCGAUUACGUCUUUCGAUUCGUUUCAUCCGAUUGAUGCUUUAGGAGAGAUUAAAGGUCGUGUGGCAACAGAUGUAUCUGCCUUCAGUGAACGUUUGCGACAGCGUUGCCAACGUGUUAUUGAUCGAUUCUCCAAGAUAGAUGAAUAUGUUCUUAUUAUGUGA